AUUAAGUUUACCGCCUUUUUCGGUGUCGUCGGAACAGAAAGUAAUGGCCUCAAAUGAGGAAAUCUUAAGUGCUUUGAAGAUUCUUCAGAAAUACAAUUUAAAGGAGUCAGAACUUGCCUUAAAACAAGAAGCUGGUCUAAUUGAUGAAAAAAUCGCGGAAGAAUUCCUAAAAUUUAAAGCUCAAGUAAAGGACGAACCGGAGAAUUUUUGCGCUAACUACCAGUCUAUCUUGACAUUUGUGGAUUCGGUCCCUGAUAUGCAUAAAGUGGAGUUGUCUACAUUACUCUUUCCUAUUUUUGUCCAUAUGUAUCUCCGUCUAGUCAGUGGAAACAUUUGUGGAGAGGCCAAAAAGUUUCUCACAACAUUCAGGAAAUAUCAAGAAGAUUUUUAUCAGUCCGAUAUCAAUAUGCUGUCGAACAUUACCAGUUCACAACACCUAUCAAUGAAUCCCUUAAUUGAGUCAUUUAGAGCUUCCGAAUUCGUGGUCAGUGUUUCUGCUGAGUCUUAUUCACUUCUGCGCCAAUUUCUCCAUGAAAAAGAUAUGAAUGUCAUCCAAAGCAUUUUAAAAGAGCAAUUGUCACUUGAAAUCGUCAAUGGCCCUCCUAGGUCGAAGCUUCAAAUCGAUUGCCGUCGUGGGGCUGUGUUUGGCGAGGCUCAUUUUGACGCUAACGUAGAACCUGUGUUGUAUGGUCUUCUAAGAGAUCCUACAUUAGACUUACCAGUUGAGAUAGAUACUGAUCCUGGAGUCAAUGAUGUUGAUGGAGGCAAUGCAGAUAAUAACGAUGACAAUGGAGACCAAAGUGUUACAAAAAAGAAGAAAAAAAAAGAUGGUGUAACUUCUGCUACUGGACAUUCUGGUAGAUCAUCUCUUUCAAAAGACGUUAGCAAAUCUGAUUCCAACUCUCCAGCUCUUGAUCGUAUUCCCCUGCCUAAGCUUCGUGAGUCAUACAUAGAGAGUAAACAUGCUCUUUCGCGAGAGAUAUCUACGCUCCUACGUAAUUAUCAGCAGCGAAAUCCACAAAAAUCUUCAGUUGGUACCAGCACAGUCCUGUAUACAAUAUGCAAUUCUCAGGCUGGUGAAUCAACCCUAGCUAUUCGGAGAGGGGGUGUUACGUGCUGCAGUUUCAGCGACGACUCGUCACAACUAGCUGCUGGAUUCGGAUCAGGUCGUAUUCGUGUUUGGUCUUUAGGUCCCGAAUCUCUAAGGCGUAUGCUUCCAGCUUCAGAGUUGAGCUUACUGGAUAAAGAUGAUUCGAGAGUGAAAACUAAUAUGUUAUAUGAUGAAAACGAUGAAACCCACUUAACUCGGGAUCUGUUAGGUCAUCUUGGAAGCGUGUUCGGUGUUGCAUUUAGUCCUGACCGACAGCUUAUUGCUUCAGCUAGCUCAGAUGGUACUGUCCGAUUAUGGUCCACUUUAAUCUGGGGUGGGGCUCUAAUUGCAUGGCGUGAUCAUCUCUUACCUGUUUGGUGUGUCACUUGGGCUCCUACAUAUGGUCACUAUAUAGCAACUGGAGGAGCUGAUCGUAGUGCACAUUUAUAUGCAACGGACCAUGCACCAGAUGCUCUACGUGUUUUUGUUGGACAUAAAGGUGAUGUAACAUCAGUCUGCAUACAUCCAAACGUUAAUUAUCUUGCAACUGGCAGUGCUGAUCGAGCUGUACGCUUAUUCGAUGUUCGUUCUGGAAAGCUAACCAGAAUCUAUACAGGUCAUAAGGGUUCUGUUCAGAGUCUUGCAUUCUCACCUUGCGGUCGUUAUUUGGCUAGUGGAGGUUGGUGUGGUACUACAUGUCUUUGGGACCUAGGGUCCGGACAACAGGUUGGUCAGCUGGGAGGUUAUUCAGCUUCUAGGACUUCUGUAAAUCAACCAAGUAGUGAUUUCGAAUUUCAGGAAGCUAAUUCAGACUCAAGUCAGUGGUUAACUGGUCCAAUUGUAUCUCUUGCAUUUUGCCCUGGCAACUCAGGACGUUUGGCUUCAGGUGGUUUGGAGGGAGCACUACGCAUAUGGAAUACAGUUAAUGGUUGGUCAACUGCUGUUUCCACUUUAGCUACUGGUAAUAGUGAUGAUAAAAAUUCGAAAACUAAUCUUUUAGCCUUGCAUCGAUCCACCAAACAGCAGUUUACCCGUCACAACUCUAAAAAUAAUAAGAACAAUGGGGUUGUAAGUCACAAUGUUUUGGGAUACUAUUCUCCAGCAAUUGGCCCUGAUGUUUCUGAUGCAUGUGCUAGUGAAGUGUUUUUCACCAGACGUACUUCAGUUCUUGGACUUCAUUAUGUUCAUCCUUAUUUGCUUUUAGCAGCUGGGCCAUAUAACCAAACCUAAUUGCUCUAAGUAUAUAUUUUUGAUGUACAGUUGAUUUUUAUUUUUCCUUCUCGAUUAUUUUGAUACUGUUUUUGUGCAAACUUUCUUAUACUACUGCAUUUCCAUAAAAGUAGUUUAUACUAUUUGCCUAAUAUUUACUAGGCACCAAUGGCAUUUUUAUGCAUUCGCUCCUACGGUAUUUCAUUAACUUACUUUUUAGUUUCUUGUGAAGAAUAUAAAUAGAUUUUUCGAAAAC